CACAUCUGAUGAGAUUUUCAAUUUUAAAUGUUCACCUUGUUUGGCCAAUAAUCGGAAUAGAGAAGCUGUGAAAUAUUGCGUGGAAUGCCAAGGAUAUUAUUGUCAGUCUUGUGCUGAUAUAACUCAUAUGAUUCCUGGUUUAAAAGGUCACACGAUUUUGGAUAACUCAAACUAUAAUUCUCCAGGCCUCCCAGCAGGAUUACCAGCAGUACCGACGGAAAGAUGUUGCAUUCAUGAGAUAAAGAUCGUGGACAUGUACUGUGGUAAUCAUGAUGAGGUUGGUUGUACAACAUGCAUGGCUUUAAACCACAGGUCUUGUGCUGAUGUGCAAUCCAUUCCAGAUAUUGUCGACGGUAAAUUUCAAACAGAUGUUGACAAAAUACACCAAAAGUUGCAAGACUUGAAAGUUAUGAUGGAGAAGAUCAUGAACGCUAGACAAAGACUGAUAGAAGACUUAAAGAAGUCUAAGACGGAAGCAGUAAUGGCGAUAAAGGACUUUCGAAAAGACAUGGAAACAAUUCUUGAUCAAUUAGAAAAAGAAUCGAUUAAAGAAUUAGAGAUGAAAUUCAAAGAAGAACAGUCGAAACUGCUGGAAGAGAAGAAGAAAGCAAAAACUGAAUUAGAUGGUCUGAAACAAGCAAUGAACGAUUUGAAGAAAUCGGAAGGAAACAAAGCGCAACAAUUUGUCUCCAUGAAAAUGUCCCUGCAAAGUAUCGCAAAAAUGGAAGACGUAUCUCAUUCAUUGCAAGCAAGUGUUGAUGCAAAUAUAUCAUUUAGCUUUGAUCCUGCUAUACUGAGAUUUCUACUGGCGUUGAAAACGUUUGGAUCGGUCCGACAUGAUUCUGCCACUGCUGUAAGAUCGCCAAGGACAACCGUCUAUUCUGUUAAAAGAAUCGAGAAUCUAAACAUCAGAGGCCAGAAUGACAACAAACUAUGUUGUGUGUAUGGAUCCUGUCUAACAGAAAAUGGAUCACUACUGAUAGCUGAUUGUAACAAUAAAAAGAUAAAACGUGCAGAUAUUGUAAAAAUGUCAGUGACAGAUUAUUGUUGUGUUCCUGCUGGACCUAAUGGCGUUUGUUGUACAAGUAAAUGUGAAGCUGCAGUCUGCCUGAACAAUAAUGCAAUUCAGUUUGUCUCCCUUGGCAAGCAGAUGACAACCACUCGUCAGUUGAAACUGAACCAUUUUUGCUUUGGCAUUGGAUAUAAGGAUGAUAAACUAUACAUAACUGACAACGGGAGAUCGUUAUACAUACAUGAUAUGACAGGCAACAUACUACAGAAGGUAGCUCUAGACAACGUCUCACACAGUCGAACUGUUGCAUUCAGUGAUGUUAAUGAUAAAGUGUUUGUUGCCAGCUUGGGUACAGGUCUAGUAAUAGUAAAAAUCAAUGGACAGGGUAAACACUGUCAGACCUUCACUGAUUCAGAGUUAAAUGUAGCGUCUGGAGUUUGUACAGAUCGUAGAGAAAAUCUGUUUGUAUCUGGGUUCAGUUCGGGUAACGUGAUACAGAUAGGGAGAGAUGGGAAGAAAAUGGGAGAGGUCGUGAAAUCAUCAGAUGGACUGAAGCGUCCGUUAUCACUUUGUUUUGACACGAAACAGUACAAACUAGCUAUUACACAAGAAAGCAGUGAUGUGGUUAAAAUUAUUCUUCUGCAAUGAAAAAGAAUGUUAAACAACUUUGUUACUGUUGGAUGUAUUGAUGUUGUUUCAUGCCAUUCUUUUACUGAGUCGGUACUGAUUUCAUUGACGAAUUUAUUAAUUUCGUAAAGCACACGUUAUUUUGCAAGAUAAAAUGGUUUUUAUUUCUAUGUCUGUCCACUGCUAGGAGUAAGCAAGUUCGGAGAGAAGUGAUGGGGGGAGGUCUUUCAUAGCUAUUCAAGUUUCCCCUAGAACCUUGUUGUACUUGAAAAUUCUCCCUUUCUUUGUUGUACUUAUUAUGAUAUUUUCUUUUUCUGUAUACUCUUUUGAAUAGCCUUUUAUCUUUACUUAUAUAGUUCGUAAAUAAAAGACUUUUGGGCCAAAAAAUGCGGGUGUGGACUAAGAAUAUGUUGAUGACGCCUACAGUGAACGUUGGGGACGUGGUUCCCGCCCCAAUUACCCAUCUACUCAAAGCCUAUGGACGAGAAGGAAUAGAGUUUAAUUUGACAUUGAAUCAAGAAUAAUUCCGACCGACAGUUGUCAGGCAGCAGUUUUUUGGAUAAAGUUGAGCAAACGAAAGAUGUCAAAUAUGUGAGCAUGGCACAUCACAGUUGUCGCAGUUUAUUAAUAAAAAUAGGUCAGAUCAAGUGUACUAUUUUCGAAAUUCAUGUCGCUGAACUAUCUCACAUUGCAGGAUUUUAACUGCUACUAAAAUUAUGAACAUAAACCAUGGCUUCUUACCACACGUUAUUGUCUAUAUGUUUUACUGGAAUGCAGUGGAUCUUGACCUUUAAAAGACAAAUUAGAUAACUAAACAUGACUGUUAAUAAAAAUUGAAAACAAAAACGUUUUCAGUUAGUAAAUCAAAUGCAACGUUAUUUUCUGCGUUGUCACACAUUAUAGAAUUGAGGGAAAUUUGUUUAGUGUAUAUAAUAUUCAUAAAAUAUAACUUUUAUUGAUAAUUGUUUAUAUUUUUCUUGAUAUAUCUUCUUAUUAAAUAUGAUAACUUUUAAAAGAUUUUGAUAUUAUUAUGUACAUAUAGAGGCACGCCUUUUUAAAGGGACUAACCCGCACAUUUAAGGCGAAAAGUAAUUUCUCUAAAAAUUCCAUAAGAAGAGAGUACAUGUACUCUGAAAGUGAGGAGUGUUACAAACAUAUUAUGUUUGCAAGAUAUUUUUUAUAAAUAACCAAACUAUUGUGAAGAAGGUAAUAAACAAUUUCAAUGCUUUUGAAAUAAUUAAGAAAAUUUACAUUUUUGUUGCAUUUUUACCAAUAUCUUUUAUUUUCGCCAACUUUAUCAUUUCUCAGUGACAUAUGUACAUUCUAUGUAAACGAAUAUGUUGAACGAUUUCAUCCAAAGUGUGGACGAGUAAUCUUGCAGCAUGUCCUGUAUUGUCUUUAAAAGUUGUCUCCCUCCUAAUGAAAUUAUCAUACGCUUCUAGUUGAAAACCGUCUUUAUCAUGAAAUACGCAUACACCAUAUGAAGAAAUAUUAUUGAGGAAAAAAAAAUACAAACAAAGAAACUCCAAAAUAAAUGUACUUAUAUUUAAAGAGCUGUUUCUGCCUGACUGUCAAUAUGAUAUGUAUGGAACGCCAGAGCUGUCUUAUGUUAGAUUAAUAUCGAUGAAUCUUCUUUGUUUAGUGUAGAAUCUUCUCAAGAUCCCGUUAUGUCUUGUUAAUUACU